AUGCACACCGAUGCCGCAUUUUCAACGUACGAAGACGAGCUACAGACACUGGUUGCUGUCGAGCAAACUGUGGCACCCUAUGGUCCUUCGCUCAUCGACCUGUACUUCCGCAAUGUACACCCCAGCUUUCCUAUCCUUCAGAAACACACCUUCAUGGACCGACAUCGAUGUGGCGACCGUCAGUUCCACUCGGGUCUGUUGGCUGGAAUGUAUCUCCUGGCUCUUCGCUGGUGGAACCGGGAUCCUGUACUCUCUCAACAUCCUAAACCUUCAGUAUACCGACUCGAAGAACUUGCGGCACGAUCUCUCAGCAUGGCAAUGCAACACCCCAAACUGUCUGCUCUCCAAGCUGGUUUAUUGCUUUUACAGAGACGACAAUCGACCGACUGGGGUCUGACUGUGCAACUGGUUGCUUUGGCCCAAGAUCUUGGUCUGCACAUUGACUGUACAAACUGGGACAUUCCGGUUUGGGAACGUCGGUUGCGCAAAAGAUUGGCAUGGGCACUCUACAUGCAGGACAAGUGGACGGCUCUGGUACAUGGACGACCAUCUCACAUUCAAGCUGCGGACUGGGCAGUAUCUGCUCUCUCCCUGGACGACUUCAACGAGGAAUUCGAGAAUGCCGACCAACAGAUGGUUGUCGAUGAUGAGAACGAGGAGGAAGAAAAGAGCAGAGUCAUCUUCAUCCAGAUGAUUGAGUUGACGAGUAUCAUGGCCGAGGUCAUUGAUGUGUUUUACACGCAGAGGGCCAAUGCAGAGUUUGAAAGAGGUGGUCGAAAUGCAACGCGGUUGAUUUUGGAACGUGCAAAGCCAGUUCAACUCAAGCUGAAGGAGUGGUUCUCAAAGUUGCCUGCGGUUGCAAGAAUGGAUGCGUACACACCGGGAAAGCUAUCCUCAAAUGUACCGUUGUUGCAGACUGUUGGCGGAAAACAGCAUGCCACUGCAAAGGACCAUGAACCGGACGACAAGCGCGCACCAGACUCGAGCGACGACGAUAGCGACAACGACACAUCAGGUCUCGGCGGACUCCCUCCGAAGAAGCCAAACCGUCUUCGCGUACCACAGCGAACGAAUCGAAACCCAAGUAGCUCUAUAGUGCCAGCGAAACGAGAGGCCGAAUCUGGAGAUGAACUUGACAGCCUGGUAUUCUCACAAUCAUCUCAAUCGAAACGUCCAUUGAAGACAUUUGGCAAGAAAUCUUUCAAAGCCAGAGAUAAGGUCGCACGGCAGCAAGAGAAGACAGCCAGUGCCUUCCGAGAGACUCCAGCAGUGCAGCCCAAACCUGAACCUCCCAAGAAGAAGGCCGGCUUCCGGACGACUCUACCUGCCCCCGAACCUCCAUCGUCACAAGCAGACGCUCCGCAAGCAGCCUCCGGUCCCACUUUCCGACAUCUCACAACUUCCGCUGCAGACAGCACAGAUGUCUCUGGCCAAUCUCAACCUAUAGUCCUCGAAUCAUCACAACUCUCGCCACCACCUUCGUCCCCUAUCAGCAGUGUGUGCGAUUUUGAUUUCGAAGAGAUAGUCGAAGAGCCCGACAAGAGCCCCCGUUGCCCCAUCUGCAGCGAGAAUAUUGAGCAAGAGUUCUGGGACAAGUUCCAAGAUGAAAUAUUGCACAGGCGGAUGAAUCUACGCCUCCAAGAAAAGUUCUGUCUGGCACACAAAGCUCGUACUGCAGAUGAUGUUUGGCAAGACAAAGGCUAUCCCAAGAUCGAUUGGUCCAUCCUACAACCGCGACUUGGCGCACAUCAUGCUCACAUCAACGCCAUUCUUGACGGAGAUUAUGAGAGUCCAUACUACAAGCAGCAUGCAAAAUUGGUAUCCCAGACCAAAGGUCAUUCCGCCAGAUCAGCUGCCGUAUCAGGACGUUUCACUGGCUUACGUGCCGGCUACUACGGGACAAAAGGCGAGAAGAUCAUUGGUGCAUCAGGGGGCGUCUCAGGCUACGUGCACGCCAUCUUGGUACCAGAGAUGGCCCUCGGACUCAUCAUGGAAGACAUGGAUUGCGACCGAGAAAGGGCCAGAACCAUUCUAGCCGACAGCGCAGACAUAGGCGAAAUGUUCAACGCAGAAGAAGACGAAAAAGUCCAGCGUGUCGAGAUUGAUCUAGACACGAGCGGUAUCAACGACGACAGCGAGAUCGUCUACACGCAAACGCCAAAAAAGGGGUUCCGAUUGGCUUGA